AUGUCUUCGCGGGUGUUGCUCCGGCAGCAGCUGAUGCGGGAGCAGGCUCAGGAGCAGGAGAGGAGGGAGGCCCAGAACCAGGCCUCCGCAUCCCACCAGAGGGCCUCCGACAUCACUCCUGCCAUCUCUGUCACUGUCCCCCAGACUGCGGCCCGCCCUCCGCCAGCUCAGGUCCCUGUGGAAGUGCUCAAGGUGCAAACCCACUUGGAAAACCCCACCAAGUAUCACAUCCAGCAGGCACAGCGGCAGCAGGUGAAGCAGUACCUGUCCACCACGCUGGGCAAUCAGGCCGUCUGUCAGACUCUGGGGGUCUCUCCAGGGCCUCAGUCCAGCUCAGCUCCUGAAGCUGCUCACACUGCCAACAGCGCCCCCAACAGUCCCAUGGCCUUGCUCAACAUCGGCUCCAACAAAGAGGAAAUUGAUGAUGUGAUUGAUGACAUCAUUAGCCUUGAAUCCAGUUUCAAUGAUGACAUCAUUACUUUGAUUGACUCUGGUCUUCAACUGCCCAGCACGCUCCCUGGAAACUUGCUGGAUGUUUACCAUAGCCCUGGGAUGACUGCACCUACACUCACUGUCAGCAACUCGUGUCCUGCUGAUCUUCCAAAUAUUAAAAGGGAAAUAACAGAUGUGGAUGCCAAAGUACUACUUAAAGAACGUCAGAAAAAGGACAACCAUAACCUCAUUGAAAGAAGACGACGGUUCAACAUUAAUGACCGCAUAAAGGAACUGGGUGGUCUCGUGCCCAAGUCGAGUGACCCGGAAAUGCGGUGGAAUAAGGGCACAAUCCUCAAAGCGUCUGUGGACUACAUCAGGAAGCUGCAGAAGGAGCAACAGAGGGCUAAAGACAUCGAGAUGCGACAGAGAAAACUGGAGCAAGCAAACCAUACACUACUUUUACGCAUUCAGGAACUGGAAAUGCAGGCUCGGAUCCACGGUCUUCCUUCCGGCUCGUCCAUGUCCUCUGGUCUCACUGACUCGUCACUGCAGCAGCCUCUCAGCAGUCAGUCGGUCAAUGGUCAGAACCUCCUAGAGCGUGUUGCUGGUGGACAUCCACUGCCCACCUCCUUCCUGUCACCGCCCUCCUCAGACUCUCCAGCUGGUGUGUCCAUCAGUAGCCCCCUGGACCUGGGCAGCUUGAGCUUUGCAGAGCUGGAUGAGGCCUCUGCCUCUGCGCUCUAUCCGGAUGUGGGAUUAGGAGACAUUCUCAUGGACGAUGGGUGCACCCUGUCUCCUGAAGGAGCAGAGCCUCUCUUCUCCCCUCUCUCUCCUGGAGCUUCCAAAACCAGUAGCCGCAGGAGCAGCUUUGACAUGGAUGAGGACUUGUGA